AUGGAUCAAUCAUUGAAUUUGAUCGAUGCGCAGGUCCACUUUGUGGAAGAGCAGCUGGUUCUCGUUCAUAUUCCAUUGGAGCUAUACGCCUAUUUCUUCCAAUCGGUGCUGAGAUUGAUCUACGAUGAAAUAUCUCCAUUGUAUGACAACCAGAACAAUGAAGAGGACGAGCUCGAGCAGCUCGAGGAUGACUCUCGAUCUGAGCCAGACUCGGAAUAUCGUCAACCGGCUUUUCUGAAUGUGUCUAUCACCCCUGUCGAAGUAUCGGUGAUAUGUCCCAGGCGUCUUGUAGAAAAGUACUUUGAACCUGCCCUCAAGGAGCUCGACCAGGUGGACAAUCAACUACGAUCUCGGCUGGUCAUCAGUGAGAAUAACUACAUCGCCAUGCAAGUUCUCGGUCAGGGUCUUGAGGCUGGCAAACGUGUACUGGAAUUAACCAGUCCGCUCGCCCUGGCAGGAAUCUCUAUCUUCUUCAUAUCAACAUAUUUCUCCGACUACAUUCUUGUUCCAGUACACAGCAAAAUAAUCGUGGUAUCAACCCUCGAAAGCCGAGGAUUCCAAUUCGAAAACGACACAACAGCAAUCAACAACCCCCUCAGCCCAGCACUAUCACCUCGUCCAGAAAAACAGCUCGGCGAAAUGAUUCCCCCAGCCACCCCGCCUCCUUCAACACUCGCUGAGCUACAAACCCGCACUUUCGAAAAUCUCCGCAAGCGCCAAAUCUCCCCAUACGUAGACGACAGUCUUCGCUUAGUCCAAUGUGCUGCUCAUCACCAGUACAAUCACGACGAAAGCUCCAUGUCUAUUCUCCGCGAUGCACUCACAACAACGCUACUAGUCGACAAACCGCGCUUUCUCUCUCUCACCCUUGCAGAUCUAGACCCAGCUGCCUCCCUUCUCCUGGAGAAGCGACUCCUUCCUCGCUUCGCGCGCCCCACAAGCUCCUACCAGGGCUAUGAGGAUGCCUCGGGGCUUCUACUCGGCUCAAAAGAGGACUAUCUUGUUCCUAUCAUGCUUGAUUUGCGCGAUCUUCCACUUGAGGCAUCGGGUAUUGUCUGUGGUGUUGCUGGCCGACUCGCCGACGCUACAGAUAGACCUUCGUCUCGUGGUCUUGCAAGCGGGGAUCCGAGUAUCGUGAGUAGUAACGAUAGCAGCGUUAUUGGAUCUGUGCCUGCGUUAUUCGAUACUUUUGGAACCAGGUUGGCUCUUGGAGGGUUGGAUAAGAAUAAACGCCCACAUUUACAUCACCACCUUCAUUCUCCGGCUAUGCAUCACUUGAAACCGGAUGUUGAUUUGUCUGCGGAUGCGGUUGGAAUUAGUUUCUUGAGUACUGCGCGGGCGGGAACGAUUAUCGUUGGUGAAGAUGAGUUGCAGAGGGCUAUUGACGCGUUGGAGGAAGAGAAGAUACACGAUGAGAUUAUCGAAAGUCAAGAGGCGGUAGCUGAGAGUUCGGAUAUUGCUGAGACUGAGUGA